AUGAAAUUGUUAAUUAUUCUUUUAUUAUUUAUAUUUUUAAAUAAAUCCAAUUCAGAUAUUAUUAAUAAUCAAAAUCAAAAUCAAAAACAAAAACAACAACAACAACAACAACAACAACAACAACAACAACAAAAAAUAAAAAAUGGAUAUAAAUUAUCAAAUGGUUUAGCAUUAACACCACCAAUGGGAUUUAAUUAUUGGAAUUUUGAUGGUUGUAAAACUAAUUUAAUUAAUGAAACAAUGAUGAUGGAUACUGCAUAUGCAAUGUCAACAAAUGGUAUGUCAAAAGUUGGAUAUGAAUAUGUAAAUUUAGAUGAUUGUUGGAUGGCAAAAACUAGAGAUGAGAAUGGUAAUUUAAGAGCUGACCCAAUUAGAUUCCCACAUGGUAUAAAGUAUUUAUCAGAUUAUAUUCAUUCAUUAGGAUUGAAAUUUGGAAUUUAUGGUGACAUUGGUAGUGAAACUUGUCAAGGCUAUCCUGGAAGUGAGAAUUAUUUAGAACAAGAUGCGAAACAAUUUGCAGAAUGGGGUGUUGAUUUUGUGAAAAUGGAUGGCUGCAAUAUGCAAGUGUCAGAUAUGAAAAAGGCAUACACAGAUCUGGGACAGUAUUUACAAAACACAGGCAGACCCAUGGUGUAUAGUUGUAGUUGGCCCACGUAUGCAUAUGUGCAGAAUAUAACAAUGCCAUUCGACUACAUUGAAGGGAUUUGCAACCUUUGGAGAGAGUUUCAAGACAUUACUGAUAAUUUCACCGAGUGGACGCAGAUACUGGACGAAAUGGAGGAUUCCGUUCCCAAGAGAUCUCAAUUCGCAGCACCUGGCUCAUUUAACGAUCCUGAUAUGUUGGAGAUUGGCAAUGGGUUGGAGAAUGCAGUUGAAUAUAAAAGCAUGUUUUCAUUAUGGUCAAUUAUAGCAGCACCCUUAAUAGCAGGUAAUGAUAUAAUAUCAAUGAGUAAAGAAGCAUUGGAGAUUUUAAUCAAUGAGGAGGUAAUUCAAGUUAACCAAGAUCCAUUAGGAAUUCAAGGUAAUCGUGUAUAUAAAAAUCAAAAGUUAGAAGUUUAUCAAAGAACUUUGAUUAAUAAUUCUUAUGCAAUUGCUUUAUUUAAUAGAGGUGAUACUAAUUCUGAUAUUAGCAUCACAAGUGAGAUGUUAAAUUUAACAAAUCAUCAAAAUUAUAACAUUCGUGAUCUUUGGUCUCAUACUGAUAAUGGUACAUUCUCUGAUACAUUCACUGCUUCAGUUCAACCACAUGGUACUGUUUUAAUUAAAUUAUCUCCAAAAAUUAAUAAUAAUAAUAAUAAUAAUAAUAAUAAUAAUAAUAAUAAUAAUAAUAAUAAUAAUAAUAAUAAUAAUAAUUCAAUUCAUUUACCAUUAAAAUAUAAAAAAUAUUUUUUAAAUAAAUAA